AUGGGGCUCAAAGUUUUACAGACCUCGUCGGGCGCCCCCCGGCUGUGUCGGCUCGAUAUCUCCUCGAAGCGCAGGAGCAGGAAAGACCCGUACCAAAAAAAACAAAUCUACUGUUGGCCAAUACAUGACACCCUUCCUGAAUUGAUGGCAAAAGCAUUUGCCGUCCAAUUCUGUGUGGUGGAGAGCUUGUAUGCGCUAGGCCUACAAUUUAUCGGCUACAUAUAUGCCAUCUCGGCUUCAGACUCAUCGCUCUUGAGUCAGGCAAAGGCCAUGCAUCUCGGAUGCUCUUAUCCUGACCGCAUCAACAUGCAGGACUGUUUCCUACUGGAUGCGUCUGUCCCGGCUUUUAUCCUUUAUUACACUUUGGAGGUUAGACUUGCGGGCCAUCAUGCCCAACCGCGUUCGCUCGGCAGCAGGCGCUUUUGCUCCUCGGAGAGCCUUGGACAAGUUCGGCCCAAAGCCAGCGCCGUGUGA